CAAAGAGUCAUACCGCACUGGACCGAACAAAUCAGGUACCCCACUAAACAAGCCCCCGCCUAGCCGCCAGUGGGUUGUAAUGCUUACAGCCACUAACUGCCCUUGGAAAUUCAGCGGCCUAGUCGAAGAGCCCGUCCGCGUCGUGGGGAACAUGUGACGCCCCUAAACUCAGUUCUUGUUACGGUGACGGAGGGUUACAACAUUCAACCAAACUUCAAAUCCUCCCUCUCCUUCAACUCUCUCUCUAAUCCUCCAAUCCUCCCCUCCCGCUGUCGCCCAACUGCGCGCUCCGCCCUCGAUUUAUAACCGCCACUUCUCAUCACCAACUUGAUCCCGCAAACAUGAAACUGCAUUACAUCGGCGUACGCUGUCCCUGUGCCCCUCACCGAUCGAUCGAGACCUCCGUCCAGUUGGGCUAACAAAGCUGCUGCGACCAGAUCCUUCGCAACGAGAGCCAGCCGGCUCAUGAGAUUGUCGCUGAGAAGGAGCUCAGCAGCUAUUCGCGCUUCACCCGCAACAACUAUGGCGAAUUCAUGACCCUAUUCGCAAAGACCGUCGCCGAGCGCACCCGCCCUGGACAGCGACAGGAUGUUGAGGAGCAAGACUACACUUUCCACGCCUACGGCCGAACUGAGGGUGUCUGCGGUAUCAUCAUCUCCGAUCACCAGUACCCUGCCCUUGUGGCACAUCAGCUUCUUAGCAAGGUUGUCGACGAGUUCCUCUCCAAGAACCCCCGCUCCAGCUGGGCCACCGGCACGCCCGCUCUCUCCAUGCCCGAGCUGAAGGAGUACCUCACAAAGUACCAGGACCCCCAGCAGGCCGACAGCAUCCUCAAGAUUCAGAAGGAGCUUGACGAGACCAAGAUCGUUCUCCACAAGACCAUCGAGAGUGUGCUACAGCGUGGAGAGAAGAUCGACGAUCUAGUGGCUAAGAGUGACGGUCUUAGCGCCCAAAGCAAGAUGUUUUACCAGCAAGCCAAGAAGCAGAACUCAUGCUGUAUUUUGAUGUAAUGGAUCAUUUCGUUUUUUCCGGCGUUGGACCUGGCUUCAUUUCAGCAUAUAAGAGAUGUCGGUAGUGAGAUUGGUUAUUCGUGUGGCGCAGAUACUUCCAAUCGUUUUGUCCAUCAUUCGUUCGCAGGGCCAUAUCUUUACAGCAGCUAGACUUGUCGAAGAGACGGAGAAGAAUCUUAUCACAGGCAGUACGAUCGAAGGCAGAUGGGUGCCAAAUGGGAAUCAUUCUUUUUGACAUGUUAAAAAAAAAGUCCAUAAACUGGACAAGCGUGAAAUGCUCUCUUAUCACCAAGCCUAAUAUGAUCGAAAGAUACACAAAGAAGAAUAAAAUCUGGGCCUUUGGACCCAGAGUGCUUAAAAGAAAUGACAACCCCUUUGCUUUUUGAAGAAGAAGAAACUCCAACGAGAUGCUCUAGGGACGAGGCUGGUGUCCCCUGUCUUGCCCAUUCAUGCUUCUCUGGCGCCUUGCUGUAAUCCGUAAUCCAUAAUGUCCAAACAUAUCCGUCACUGAAAGCGUAGUAUACAAAGGAGACAAACGUAUAGGAGGGAAAGAUACCCUCUGUAGUAUGUACAGGGCGGCUCAAACCAGUUGAGUCCGCCAUGUUGAGAUGCUGCCAGAGCAUCAUGAAAAGGGUAUUGUAGAAAUCGUGACCAAGAUGAAAUCAAACUAAAAUGGUGAUCUGGUUGUUCGUUAUGAAAUGCGAGAUUAAGAUUCCUCAAGAAUCACUCUCUCACUCUUGCGGUGUAUUUGGUAAGCAUCCGGAGAGUGAGUCAACUCCCUCGGGUGCACCAAGGUAGGGGUAGAUGACUUGGUCUCAGCUAGACGCUCAUCCUUCUCAAUCGCGAUGUAACCUGGUCCGCUCGGGCUGCCGUUACCUCGAUGUCUCAAGCUGGGGUUGCUCUUUAGCGGGUGCAGCAUCUUGCGUUGCUGGUGCGAGACGCUGAUCUGGCGAGCGAUGGAGAUCUCAACAGCGUUGCGUAAGGCCUCUUGGGCAUCAGCCUCGGGAGCUUGCUUCUUGGGCGAAGCCAAUGAUGAAGAUGGUGAGAAUCGCCUCGAGGUUUCGGCGCUGGAGGACGUGAUGGAAGCUGGGGGCGAGACCAUGUGCCACGAGGGUUCCGAAGGAGAAGAGAGUCUUCCCUUAGCUACCUGAACAUCUUUCUCGUCGUCUGUGUGUUCAGGAGAUUCAGGAACUGUGCCAGGUGAGGGAAUAAAUGGAGAUGAAUGCUUGAAGUGGGUGUUGGGCGAGAUAAUGGGCACAGGAGGUGAGAUCUGCUUUGCAGAAGUAACGUUAAUCUUAUCCGUAGACGCAGCACUGGGACGUCUGUUAAAUUUGGAGACAAGUGCAGGCUGGUAAUGCGUAGCUUGCGCUGCGAACUUGUUGUGCUGAGAUUCUGACCGCGAAAUUUGGGCGACUCUUGGCGUGACUGCCUCAGGGGACUCUUCUGAGUGAUAAUAUGAUGAGUCCAAUAAAGCCGGCGAUGUGUUGGCUCGGAACCGAGGUGAAGGCAGAGAUUUUGAGUUAUCCUGUGAAACAAACGUUGGGGAGGGCUGUGGCGAUGUUGCCCUCCGUGGCCGAAGAGACUCGUCUCGAUUCUCGGCGAUUGCGUCCUUCACAGACUUCAGAUGGUCGAGAGUAGCCUGUCGUCGAGCAAGAAGUGAGGAGGCUGACCCUUGGGGUGGCUGUAAAACACUGUUAAACAUGACACUAUAUCGAUCCAUCUUGAUGCUAGGAAUCUCAACAUCUAGCAGAGAGUGAGGAAUAGCAGGCAUCGGAGGC